AUGAAAUCUUUUAAUUUUAUUUUUACAACGGAAUGUAUUAUUAUUAUAAUUACAACACUAUUCUUUAUCAUUUCUUUUAAGCAGUCAAAUGAAGUAGCCAUAUAUAAUAAUAAUAAUAAUAAUCUACUUCCUUGGGAUAAAGAUAAAAGUACUAAUGCAACAAGCAUGCUGAAAUUUACAUACACAUUUAAUGAUACAUGCAUGCUUGUAAAUAACGAUUUUAUAAUACAUGAAAAAAAUAAUAAUCAACCAAUUUAUACAUUAAUUAAAAAAGAAAUUCAAAAACAAAAAAAGUUAAAUAUUGGUAAACUUUUAUUGUUUACAUUAUUUAACUCAACAAUUUUUAUCAUUAUACCAUUAAUAAUUAUAAAUAAUUUGAAUAUAUAUUAUAAAAGUGGUAAAAAUGGUAAAAAAAUAAUUGAGAUAGCAAUUAGUAAUUAUCAACAAUUUUUUAAUGUGUCACAUUUUGAUAAAGAUAAUGAAUCAUUACAUAAAGAAAUUUCAAAUAAUGGUGUUGUAAAAAGAAUACCUAUUAAUUUAUUAUCUAAUAUUAUUUAUUUUCUACAAUAUAUUAUAAGAAAAAAGGCAGUCCCACCUUAUAUUCAUGUAUAG